AACUCGUCAGCGAGGGUUUGUUCGAUGACAAAUUUUCGGAGGAACGAGAGAAGAAAAUCGACAUUUGUUUUUGUAUUUUAUUUCUUGAUUCAAUAUUUGUAUUCAUUUAUUAUACAUAACAAAAGGAAAAUGGAUGUGGCCUCUUGUUUAAAAGCGUUUGAAAGCCGUUUCAGCUCGUACACAGGAGAUGACCCCCUGGACGUCUGGCUUCAGUUUGUGGAGUACUUGGACCACAGCUUACCUGCGGGCGGCAGCAGUGAAAUGUCGCUGGUGCUUGACCGGCUGCUAAACAACUUCAUCAGUGUGGAGCGAUACGCCGAUGAUGUCCGAUUUGUCAACAUGUGCAUCAGAUGUGCCACUUAUUAUUCUGAGCCCAUCGCCCUGUUCCAUUAUAUCUUCAACAAAGGCGUGGGCACCAGGACGGCGGCGCUCUACGUGGCCUGGGCUCAGUACUUUGAGCGCCAAGCGAUGCCGGAGCAAGCCGACGCCGUUUACCGGAAAGCUCAGGAGAAGCAAGCCCGGCCCGCUGAAAGCGUGAUGCAAGAGUACAGGCAGUUUCAGGCCAGAAGCGGAAGCCAGGAAGCGGCGUCAGGAGGAGGUCCAAAGCCGCCGGACGAGCCCCACCUGCCGUCACACGGCGUGCCUGCUGCCGCUCCGUCGCAGGCCGCAGUAGAGUUCCCAGGCAGCGGAGCCUUCUACGUCCGCACAGUGUCGCGCUCCGAAACGCCGAGCGCCUCCGGCCACGACCCCGACCGGGUGUUCGUGUCCAUGUACUCCAAGGACGCGCUGGCAUGCGAAGGAUCCGAGCUUUGCUUCGAGGAAGUACGAGCGCGGACGUACCUCGAGAAGAGGAAGCGACAGCAGGAGGCCGACGAGCGACAAAGACAUAAGCGCGCGGGGGACGGCACGCCGCCGCUCGCCACGUUCCCGGCUGACCGAUGUCCCGUUGUCUCACGCGAAGAGGAGCGCGCAAUGCGGGAGGAUGAGGAGGCUGCCAGCACGCUGCGGUGCCAACUGAACCAGAUGUGCAGGACACUGACGACGUGUGCCACAGAAAAUGCUUCGGCCCAUCCUACCCAGAAGGCUUUUGGGCAAGAGGAAGGUGGGAGUGACGCACAAGUGGAGGAGAACCUCAAUACGACAAGUGCGCUGAACGUUCCCCACGUCACUCCCAACAACUCGCUGAGCUGCCUGCAUGACGCCACCACGCCAUCACGCGUGUCGCCGUCUCCCACACGCGAGGCCGUGGUUGUGUUUGCAGAUGUGAUCAUGGGAAUGUUCCAGGCCCCUGCGCUCGCCGAGGACCCCUUUGGUGACGCAUCGGCAUUCUUCAGCGCCAGGAAGCCGUCGGAUGAUGCAAACGUAUCCGCCCUGCUGGCCACUUCCACUGCAGCGGAGCCGUUCACCAUCUACCAGGAUGAUGCCAGCAUUGCGACUUCCUGCGUGUCGGCCAAGAGCAAAGCAGCGUCAGGCCGAGGCUUGUCCGAGAAUAUGCCGUCCGACCAGGACAAGACGGCCGACGAGUUGACCGUGUGGGGCGACGGCUGGCUGGCGUCGUGCCCCAACAACACGGCGGAAUUUGCCUUGGCGGCGCGCUGCAUGUCCACUCCCUUUACGCACAAAGGGGCCGUCGGUGCGUCCCAGAGCGCAGUGGACGUGAUGAUGCUCGCUGGCAGGGGGACAGAUGACAACACGUUCAUCAGACGCUUGCACAAGCUCAGUCCCAUCAUGGAGCAGAGUCCGCCUGACGAGAAGCUUUCUGACACCGCCGGCAGUCAGCCGGCAGCCUCCUGUGCGGCGCACGGGACCAUCGUGGGCGAGGGGCUCGGGGGCCACCAGCUGAUUGUUUCUUCCGCUACCCCGGUGCAGGCCUCGUUGCCGCCGGCCGCGCUGUCCUUCAAGGACCAGACGCUUGGAUCAACCGCUGCCACGGAGCCUUUUUCCAUCCUGGAGGAUUUGGAACAGAAUUCCCGACAGGAAGUCGUCAAAAAAUCCUCCAAUUCGCUGUCCGUCCGAAGGGACGCUGCAAUAGCGAGCGUCCGGGCCCCCGUCAGUCCGCCGAGGCCGCCCGCCGACCAUCACGCGGCAAAUCCCGAAAAAGAGCGUCAUCGUCUCUCAGACGCCGCAAAGACGAGCGUCCGGGCCCCCCUCAGUCCACCGCCGCCGCCCGCCGACCAACACAUGGCAAGUCCCGAAAAAGAGUGUCAUCGUCUCUCAGACGCCGCUCAGCUGCUCUCUGACCCCUGGAGCAGCGAGCUCAUCUCGGAUUUCCUGUCAACUAUGAGCCCGCCCCUCACCUCGCACCCGCAGUGCAUCAGCUGGCAGCGCCGCCUCCCUGACAUCGGCCCCAAGAUGACCAUCAGCAUGGGAAGCGCAUCUCUGCGAGUGGACCGUGUCCUCGGCCAAGGAGCGUUCGCGACCGUUUAUCAGGCUACUGACCCCGCCGGCUCUGACAAGAUGGUGCUCAAGGUGCAGAAACCGGCCAAUCCCUGGGAGUUUUACAUCCACACUCAGCUCGACCGUCGCCUGCCUCUGUCCGUCCGCCACCUGUUCGGCCGCGUCCGCACGGCUCACGUGUUCACCGACGGCAGCGUCCUGCUGGGCGAGCUGCACAGCUACGGCACCCUGUUGAACGCGGUGAACGUCUACAAAGGUCUCGGUGACAAAGUGAUGCCGCAGCCUCUUGUCAUCUACUUCACCGUGUGCAUCCUGCGAAUGCUGGAAGAACUGCACGCGGCACGAAUCAUCCACGCCGACGUCAAGCCAGACAACUUCAUGCUCGGACAAAGGUUCGCGGAGAAUGACGACUUUGAGCCAGAGAACCUGGAGCACGGUCUGGUCCUCAUCGACCUGGGCCAGAGCAUCGACAUGGACCUCUUCCCGGCGGGCACGGCUUUCACAGCCGCGUGCUUGACGUCCGGCUUCCAGUGCACGCAGAUGCUCGGCAGGAAGCCUUGGAGCUACCAGACAGACUACUUUGGCGUGGCAGGCACUGUGCACGUCAUGCUGCUGGGGACGUACAUGCAGGUUGUGGAAGAAGAUGGUGUGUGGAGGACUUGUGCCACAUUUCGCAGGAACCCUCACAGCGAAAUGUGGCUGCAUUUGUUCCACACGCUGCUCAACAUCUCCGCCUGCCGCCCGGUCCCGGCGACCCUAGCUGACCUCCGCCGCCGUCUGACUGCCGUUCUGCAGCGCAACUACCGCGGCAAGAUGGCGUCGCUCAAGAGCCGCCUGAUGGUCCUGCUCCUGGAGAGCUGCAAGGCCGCUCGGCGCUGACGCUGCCGCGGAGACUUUCUUUUUGGUUUUUUUAAGGGUUGUUUGUUUGUCGACGCUGGCGCAGCAUCACGCAUCCCGCAACAUAGUGGCAGGAUCAUAAAGUCCCGUGAUGGAAAAAAAAAAUGACUUGUUUAGGUUAGAAUGUG